AUGUGCGCCGCUGAAAGAACUCAGCUCCUGACCGUCUGGAUACGCCACUCGGACCCCCUCAUCGUCCUCGUCUGCCUGUCAAAGGCCCUUCGCAACCUCGACGCGAGCGCGUCGGCGACUCCGAGUCACGCGGAAGCCCCUUCGCUCGCCUCGUACGUCCAAUCAAUCGCCUCCGUCGCUCACGCGCGAGAACUCGUCGGCUCCGUCGUCGAAUUCUUCGAGCUCGAAGGCGCCGACUCGAACGAACUCGCGUCGGCGACCGACCGACGACCGGCUUGGACGAACCUCGUCCUAGACCUGCUGGAACCUCAAAAAAACGAGCAGAGAAACGCGCUUUGGCACGCCACCGUCUGCAUGAUCAGCAGCCUGCCCAACCUCGCGGCCAACCUCAUGAAGCGCGACACCCCAGCGUCACUGAACCAAGACGUCUUCCUCGCAAACAUAACCAACUCCCUCCUUCAACUCAUCGAAACCGACAAAAUCGGCGAAAAACCCCUCGACUGGAUCGCCAUCAUGCGCGACUUCCCCUUUCUGGCAACGUGGAUCUCGCAACACACCUCAAGGCCAAAACCAAUCUGGGAAACCAUCUAUCGCUCCAUCUGCCAUUCAGAACGCGAAAUUCUAAAAAAAAUCAACGUCGUCUUCCUAAAACUCCACAACCGAGCUCUAGAACCAAUGCUCCGCCUGCUGCUCACCACGUCCAAACCCCCCUUGUUUCAACAAUCCACGCUCUCCGCCCUUCUGGACCCCCUCGUUCGUCAGUCGAGUCAAACACAAUUUCUCCUGUCAAACAAAUUUAUUCUCUGUUGUCGCCUCUCGGACAACGUCCUGUACACACUCAUCGACUUUCUGCACCACACCUUCGACCAUGAAGAAACUCGAACCACCUGGCUCGACAUGGUCGUCUCGCUCGCGCAAACGUUCGGAGACCCGGACUACGUCAAAAAAACCCACUACCACCACCAAGCUCGCGUCGUCAAGGCCCUGUGCUACAUCUGUAAGAAAUACCUGCGCCGCUCCGAUAUCGAAGGCACCGAACUGCUCUCGGGACUAAUGAAGGGCGUGCAGGAACACAUGGCCUCCCCCGACUCGCGCCACCUAAACAUGGCCAUGAUGCUUGGCGACGCCUUCUCAACCACCUUGCUCCCAGAAAGCUCGAUCAAGUUCGAGUACACACCGCUCGAAGAAACUCCGGACACCGCCUCUGACCAAGACCAAUCGGAAGAACUCGCGGACCACCCCCCACCCUCCGUCCAGCAGGACCAAGCUCGGGACCUAGACGACCCCGACUUGGACUACUUCGCCUACUUGGACCUCAAAGAAAGCCUGCAAAAAAACGCCGCCGUCCCAUCCGACCCUCAAAAAAAGACAGACUGCCAACUUCACGCCAGCACCUCCUCCACCAGCGGACUGUACCUUCGCACCUCCAUCGCCAACCUGAGAACCAACGACCCCGACACCAUUCAGAACACGCUCAGCGUGCUCGACGCGCUCAUAGACUCUCAUCCGGACGAACUAGGCGAAGUCGCCGUCACCCUAACCCUCACGCUCAUUCAUCUGUUCGACGAAUAUGAAUUAGACCAGUUUCGAGAAAAAAAACAUCGAGCGCUCGUCGCGCUAAUCAGGCAAGAAACCAAAACAGUCGUCGACUGUCUCGUCGAACAACUGUUCGAGCCAAACUACACUCUACAACAACGCUACGACAUCCUGGACGCGCUCAUCGAAUCUGCGCGCCACCUGUCUUCGAACGCGACAACACUCGCGCCCCAUUCUGGUCGUCGCUCACUCUUUUCGACGUCGAAUUCAGACAUCGAGCGCUCCGCGGAAGGCGCACCACCCCCCGGAAAGCGCAGUGGCGCGCUGCUCCGCCGAGGAACACCGCGACCCGCUCAGACGCCAACUGUCAACAAAUUCGCGUUGUACGCCAACCAAUUUUUUGGAAUUCUAGACUUCUGUUCCGACGACACCUUUCAAACGCCCGCCGAGAAGAAAUUCGACCCAAAAGGAGACCCCCGUAUGCUAGGCAUGAUCGUAAAUUUUGCUUUACCCUUGUACGACGUGGGCGAUGCAAGUGACGGAGCCAAUUAA